AUGGAUCUCGCAGUCACUCUUAUCAAGUCCGUGAUGCGGGCUUUCUACCAAACUCGCGACAUACUUGUCAUCGAUGCGCUUAUCCUUCAUGAGGCGCUAAGAGAUGAUGACCUGGCCUACCUGAUGGCCAUCAAUACAAAGGACCUCCACAAGAUCUGCGGCAAGCUGCGUGAAGAUAGAUUCUUGACUGUGCACACGCGAUCAGAACUACGAGAAGGAAACCCGAGACCGAGCAAUCGAACUUGGUACUACAUCAAUUAUCGAAAUACCAUUGACGCGAUCAAAUGGCGCGUCUACACAAUCGACAAGGAGGUGCAGGGCACCACGCAAGUGGCCAGCGAGAAGAAGGAAUUCUUUUGCUCAUUCUGCAAAGCGGAGUGGACAAUGAUGGAGGUCUUGGACAACAGUGGUCCGGAUGGUUUCCUGUGCCAUCGCUGCCACCAUACGCUCACGUUUGAAGCAGACCGAACUUCGACCGGUCACGAGCAGUCGACUCGCCUCAACAGCCAGUUCAAGUUCAUCAGCGAGCUCCUGCCCAAGAUCGACGCUGUCCACAUCCCCGAAUGCGACUUUGAUCGUGCCUUUGCCAACGCUCGCCCCGUGAAGCGAGAUGCGACACAUCAGCGUGCCCAAACCGUAGCGGCGGACGCAGGCGCAAACCGACCCAUGGCGGUCAAGGGCUUGACAAAUACUGGGCCUCAGUCUAUCGCAGUUAAUAUCUCGACUUCUGAUGGGCCAACAGAUGCUGAAAAGGCGGAGGAGCAAGCGCGCAAAGAAAAGAUUGCCAAACAAAACGCGCUGCCAUCUUGGAUGUCCAACAGUACAGUCACCGGAGAGUCAUUCUCGGCAACUGGUACACCAGGCACUACCACAACUAUCAAGAAGGAAGCCGCUGCAAACUCAUCACUUGCUACUGCGCCUAACACCAAGGCCACCACUCAAAUUGAUGAUAUCUUUGAGAAGCUCAAGGCAGAACAGGCUGCGGAGCGGGCUCGGGAAGAGGACGAAUUCGGAUCUGAGGAAGAAGACGAGGACGAAGAUGAGUUUGAAGAUCGACAAGCGAAACGAGUCAAGGUCGAACCGGAGCCAGUGAUCAAGAAGGAAGAAGAGGAAGAUGAGGACAGUGAAGAAGAGAUUGAGUUCGAGGAUGUAUAAAAGGCGCAGAUUUGCAUACGUCAAUGAGUUUUCCUCCUUUCCAGAGGCUACAAAUGCUCACCGUGGGCAGGCUGGCUUGAUGUUUUAAUAAUGAUUUGUUCAGGGGGUAUGGAUGGACCUGAAGGACUGGCAAGAAGAGAUCCAUCGAAAGGGGAGAGAACCAACCAGAUUGGUAUUAAAAAGGCCCGCGAGGGUAGGGACAUGGUACUGUGUUGAUAUGAUUGCACAGGGACACGGCAGAAGGCGCAAGGACUACUAUAGACAAUAUGAAUCAAGGAGUGACAACUCCUCCUUCCACCUUGA